AGUGUCAAAACAUCAAAAUCAGCUGUUUCUUUUUGCGGUCGGCCGUAUUUUUUAGCCUUUUUCUGCUUGAAUUUUAUUUAUUAACAAAUAUUCAAUUUCUUGUUAUAAAAAAAUGGAUCCUGGAAUUUGUUAUAUUAAACCAGAAUUCCUUAUCCCUGAAGUGCAAAUAACCUCAUCAGAUGGCAACACAGAGAAAGGUACAAAUAAAAGAAUGCUCGAAGAGUCAGUCCCCGAGGCAGAAGAAUCCAAUAAAUCAAAGAAGAUAAAUCAUGGUGGCAAAAAGGAUCGUAAACGUGGACAAAAUAAGCAUCGUCCAGUUUACAAGGAAGACCGAACAUUACACUUGUGUCAUUCUCUGGUGAAUGGUCCUUCUGGAGAUAAGUGUACAUAUCCAAAUUGUCGAUAUGUUCACGAUCUAGAUAAGUAUCUAGAAUCUAAACCAAAAGACAUUGGAGACACUUGCCAAAUAUUCAAUGUCAAAGGAUUUUGUCCAAGAGGUGUAACCUGUAGAUUCGCCAGCGCUCAUAUGGAUGAGAACAGAAACAACAUCAAAGCAGAUUCUUAUGAUCCCAAUACUCCAUUGUCGACAUGCAAUGGAAUCUCAACAGAGCUUCAGGUUAAGCUUCGUAAACGAGAAUACGACUUCUCUAAAAGCAAAAAAAUCUUACAACAGUGUGAUCGCCGAAAAGAUGAACAAAAAAAAAAACAGAGCAAUGAACAAAAACCAAAAGACGAGGAAGAUGUCUCAACCAAGAUGCAGGUAGACAAAGAUGAGUCUAAAGAAAAUGAAACCGAAAUUCCAGAAGUUAAACAGACGACUGAAACCUCCAGAGAAGAAGAUACUGAAACAAAAAAAGAUACUUUGGAAGCAAAUGGCAAUGGCAUUCCAAUUGAAAAACUCAUUGGAUCCGCUAUAGAUGAAGAAACACCCGGACGUGAUGUGCUCAAAAAAAAUGUUGAUUUUUUCAACAAAUUAGUCCUAAGCCCACUGACCACUGUCGGAAAUCUUCCAUUCCGAAGGAUUUGUAAAGAAUUUGGAGCCGAUAUUACCUGUGGUGAGAUGGCUUGUGUGGUUCCUUUGGUAAAAGGCCUCACCCAAGAGUGGGCUCUAACCAAACGACACGAAAGUGAAGAUAUAUUUGGUGUACAAUUGUGUGGAAACAAUCCGCAACUAAUUGCUCAAGCUGCACAAUUACUUCAAGAAAAUGCAAAAGUAGACUACAUGGAUCUGAAUAUUGGUUGUCCAAUCGAUUUGAUCUAUCAACAAGGAGGAGGCAGUGCACUAAUGCGAAGAACCAACAUCCUCGAAGCGACUGUCAGAAGUUGUUCAACGUUGCUAGGAACAACACCAUUUACUGUGAAGAUGAGAACUGGAGUAUAUGCUGACAAAAGUGUAGCUCAUGAACUCUUGCCAAAAGUGGAGGAAUGGGGUGGAAGUGCAGUCACUCUCCAUGGACGUUCAAAAGAACAAAGAUACACGAAGAAUGCUAAUUGGGAGUAUAUCGAAGAAUGUGCAGCGAAAGCUAAAAAUAUGGCUGUCAUAGGAAACGGAGAUAUUCUUAGCUUUGAAGAUUAUAACGAGAAAAUGAAACUUUCUCCUCAUGUAUCAUCUGUGAUGAUUGGUCGUGGUGCCCUUAUCAAACCUUGGAUCUUCAAAGAAAUCAAGGAGCAAAAAACCUGGGAUCCUACCAGCAGCGAACGUAUGGAUCUACUGAGAAAAUAUGUUCACUAUGGCCUGGAACACUGGGGUUCAGACACAAAAGGUGUCGAAAAUACCCGUCGAUUUCUACUCGAAUGGCAAUCAUUUCUCUAUCGUUAUAUCCCAGCUGGAGUUCUUGAGAAUCCACCACAAAAAAUAAACCAAAGACCUCAAAAAUACCGUGGCCGUGAUGAAAUGGAAACACUUUUAUCUUCUCCCAAUUCUUCUGAUUGGAUUAAAAUUAGUGAAAUGCUUCUGGGACCAGUUCCCGAAGGUUUUACAUUUUUACCAAAACACAAAGCGAAUUCUUAUUAAAAUAAAUUUAUUACAAAAGAAAACAAAACAAAAGUAAA